GGCACGUUGAAAAGGCGCAAAAGUUGGUGCGAAAUGCAGGACGCGACAGAAGAAAGGAAGCCCUGUUGCUCGACAUUUGGAAAAGCUCUCAAAAGUGAAUUCAAGUGUAGCAAAUUCGGUUUCACUGGCGCCAUUUUCAGUCUGUUUCCACUGCCACAAGUAAUUAUCAUUGCUCUCGGUCUGGUGAUUUGGGCGUGCGUCGAGAUUCCUUUGGAGGUGAAGAGAAGUAAAGAAGAGCACAUGAAACUCUACUACUUUCUGUACGCGACGAAUUGGGCCUUCCUUACUUACACAGUAACCUCGAGCAUCUUCGCAGUCUACUGCGCCUACUUCAAUUUCAAUAAGGAAAAGCAUGUUCCGAAAUGCUUCUCCGAGUUUCUAUGGUUCUUGUAUGGUAUGUCAAUGAACACCGUCCUCGUAACCUCCCUCGUAUACUGGGCUGCAUUUUGGGAUCCAAAGUAUGCAAUUUCUCUCGAAAGCCCCGCAGCAGAACAGCUGAGCAGUCUUAUUUUCGCUCUCACUAUCUUCAAUCACAUGGUGCCAUCACGUGUGAGGGAGGAGUUUCGGGCCGGGCCAAGGUGCAUGGCGAGCACUCGCCAAUGGGCGUCGUGCUUGGCGCUGACGGCAGUGGUCCCGGCCAUAAGCGGCUGGGCACCGGAGUCGAAGUUCAAGCACUUGAUCCCGGCCUGCACAGUCUUCAUAGACGCUUGGGUAAAUGGACUGCCGAUUCGCCUGCUGCACGCCAUCUAUCCAACCUUACUGGGCCUGAUUUACGCUGUUUUCUCCUACAUCUACUACGACGCUGGCAACAUCCGACCUAUCUACCCUGUCCUUGAUUGGAGCAAGCCCGCCGACGCCGUAAUAGCCAGUGUUCUUACUAUCACCUUCGGAUUGGUUAUUCAGGUAUUUCUUUACGUGAUUUUCUUCAUCCGCAUCGUUCUGAGUUACCGCCUGGGCGGCAGAGGAGAACUCGUCAGUCAGUGGUGGAAAGAAAAUGGCGCGGAGGACCCAUCAGGAACCUAA